ACAAUAACGUGGAAGUCAGGAAAUGCUUGUGUUAAUAUCAGGAACGGAGUGAUCGGGCAGCUCAGAGCCGAUCCGGGGAAGUGGACGGAGCCGACCGCUGAGAUGGCUCAGGCGAAUAUCUCGGUGACGGAGAGCCAGUUCAGGUGUCCCAUCUGCCUGGACAUCUUGAAGGACCCGGUGUCUAUCCCCUGCGGACACACCUACUGCAUGGCAUGCAUCAACAGCUACUGGGACCGGGUGGACUCGGGUCAGUUCAGCUGCCCUCAGUGCCGGGACACGUUCAGCCCUCGGCCGGUGCUGCGGAGGAACACUGUGCUCGCCGAGGUUCUCGGCAAACUCAAGCUGAAUGAGAUUGACACAGCGCCGGAGGUCUACCUGGGGGGAGUCGGGGAAGUUCCCUGCGACUUCUGCACGGCGGAGAGUAAACUGAGGGCGGACAAGUCGUGCCUGGUGUGCCUGGCGUCUUUCUGCAAGCUUCACGUCCUGCCGCACCGUGAGGUCGGUACUUUGCGACGCCACAAGUUGGUGCCAGCGGUAGAAUGUGUGGCGGAGAAGCUGUGCGCUCAGCACCGCCUGGGGCUGGAGCCCGAGGGGAGCGGCUCCGAGGCAGGGGCUGCGGUGGAGUGGAGCGGGUACUGCCUGCUGUGCCAGGCCGACCAGGAGGAAGCGCCCAGUGUGGAAGCGCAGAGAGCUAGGAGACAGCUCCAGCUCCAGGAGUCUCAGAGGAUGGUCCAGGGGAGGAUACGGACCGGAGAGAGAGAGCUGCAGGAGUUUCAACAAAACUUGGAGUCUCUCAAG